CGAGCGAGCGGCGAGGCCGGCGGGCGCGCUAAGAUGGCUGAAGGCGCCCGGCGAGGGUGAGCGGUGGGCGCGGCGCAGCCAGCCGGCGAGUCCUCGGACGGGCAGGGUCAGCGGCCCUGCCCCGCGGCCUGGCGCCCGAGCCACCAUGUCGUUCGCGCUGGAGGAGACGCUCGAGUCGGACUGGGUGGCCGUGCGGCCGCAUGUGUUCGAGGAGCGCGAGAAGCACAAGUUCGUCUUCAUUGUGGCCUGGAACGAGAUCGAGGGCAAGUUUGCCAUCACCUGCCACAACCGGACGGCCCAGCGGCAGCGGAGCGGCUCCAGGGAGCCGGCGGGGACGCGCGGGGCCGCCGAGCUGCCCGGCACCCCCGCGCCCGCUGACGGCACCCGCGGGCCCGGCAGCCCGGCGGCCAAGGGCCGCUCCGACACCGCCGCGUCGGCGACGACUCCGGGCAGGAGCCCCGGGCCGCGGCGGAGCACGGCCUGGGCGGAUGGCGGCGGCGGCGGCUCGCCGCGGAGCGCGCGCAGCCUGCGGGGCGACCCGCUGCUGCGGAGCCCGACCGCCAAAGGCGCGGAGAGCCCGCUCCGGAGCCCGGUGCGGGCCAAGUCCAGCCCGGUCCGCCGAGGAGCGGAAGGCAAAGAUGCGGCGGCCGUCCCGCCGUCGCCCAAGGAGGCCCCGGUGGCGUCGGUGCGCGUCGUGAGCGCCUGCGGGGCCGUCUCCGAGGAGAUCGAGGUGCUGGAACUGGUGAAGGAAGAGCCCGUGGCCCCGGCCACCCCGGCGCCCGCGGGCGCCGAGCCCCCGCCGCCCGCCGCCGCCGCCGCCGAGCUGGAGUCGGCGGCCGAGGAGUGCAGCUGGGCCGGCCUCUUCUCCUUCCAGGAUCUGCGCGCCGUGCACCAGCAGCUGUGCUCGGUGAACUCGCAGCUGGAGCCCUGCCUGCCCGUGUUCCCCGAGGAGCCGUCGGGCAUGUGGACCGUGCUGUUUGGGGGCGCCCCCGAGAUGACGGAGCAGGAGAUCGACACACUGUGCUACCAGCUGCAGGUCUACCUGGGCCACGGCUUGGACACCUGCGGGUGGAAGAUCCUCUCCCAGGUGCUCUUCACCGAGACCGACGACCCCGAGGAGUAUUACGAAAGCCUUAGUGAACUGCGGCAGAAGGGCUACGAAGAAGUACUCCAGCGGGCCAGGAAGCGCAUCCAGGAGCUUUUAGAUAAGCACAAGAAUACAGAAAGCAUGGUGGAGCUUCUGGACUUGUAUCAAAUGGAGGAUGAAGCUUAUAGCAGCCUUGCAGAAGCCACGACUGAACUCUAUCAGUAUUUACUACAGCCAUUCCGAGACAUGAGAGAACUUGCCAUGCUUAGGAGGCAGCAAAUCAAGAUUUCCAUGGAGAAUGAUUAUCUGGGUCCCAGAAGAAUCGAAAGUCUUCAAAAAGAAGAUGCUGAUUGGCAGCGGAAAGCUCACAUGGCUGUGCUGUCUAUUCAAGAUCUUACUGUUAAAUAUUUUGAAAUAACAGCUAAAGCUCAGAAAGCUGUGUAUGAUCGAAUGCGAGCAGAUCAGAAGAAAUUUGGUAAAGCAUCAUGGGCAGCAGCAGCUGAGCGUAUGGAAAAACUUCAGUAUGCUGUUUCUAAGGAAACUCUACAGAUGAUGAGAGCCAAAGAGAUCUGUUUGGAACAGAAGAAGCAUGCACUAAAAGAGGAGAUGCAGAGUUUGCAAGGUGGUACAGAAGCCAUAGCCCGAUUGGAUCAGUUAGAAGCUGAUUAUUAUGAUCUUCAACUUCAGUUGUAUGAAGUACAGUUUGAAAUCUUAAAGUGUGAGGAGUUACUAUUGACAGCACAACUGGAAAGCAUUAAAAGACUGAUAUCAGAAAAGAGAGAUGAAGUGGUAUACUAUGACACUUAUGAAAGCAUGGAGGCCAUGCUUGAGAAGGAAGAGAUGGCAGCAUCUAUGCAUUUACAGAGAGAAGAACUACAGAAACUUCAGCAGAAAGCUCGCCAGCUGGAAGCAAGACGUGGACGGGUUUCAGCCAAGAAAGCCUACCUCAGAAAUAAAAAGGAAAUUUGUAUUGCAAAACACAAAGAAAAAUUCCAGCAGCGUCUUCGGAGUGAAGAUGAAUACAGAGCCCAUCACACAGUACAACUAAAGAGAGAAAAAUUACAUGAUGAAGAAGAAAGAAAAAGCGCCUGGGUUAGUCAAGAAAGACAGAGAACACUGGAUAGACUUCGAACUUUUAAACAGAGGUACCCUGGCCAAGUCAUACUUAAAUCAACCAGAUUACGAUUGGCUCAUGCACGAAGAAGAAGCACAGCCAGUCCAGUACCCUCUGAGGACCAAUGUGACUCUCUACCAGGAGCAUUACAAAUACAAGAGAAUAGUGAAGAAGUAGAGGAAGGAAGAGGCAAGCUUGGGUCAUCACAGACAACAGACACCCAAAGCCUUGCACAACUUGAAGAUACUUCAUUAGCACAACUUGAAGCUACUUCAUUACCUCUUGGUGGUGUCACCUCUGAAUUGCCUCCCACUUCACCUCUUCCACUUUUAAGAAAUACUGAUCUUGAACCAGCUUCUGCUACCAUAGAUUCACCUUCACCACCUCCUCCUCCAACACCACCUCCACCACCACCUCCUCCACCUCCCCCACCUCCCCCGCCUCUACCUGUUGCUAAGGAUAGUACCCCAGAGACACUGGAGAAAGGUCCGCCGAAGUUGGAGGGGAAUGAGAAGAGGAUCCCCAAGUCUGCAAGUGCCCCCUCAGCACACCUCUUUGAUAGUAGCCAGCUGGUCAGUGCCAGGAAGAAGCUCAAAAAGACUGCUGAAGGUUUGCAGAGAAGGAGAGUGAGCUCACCCAUGGAUGAGGUGCUAGCUUCCUUGAAGCGUGGUAGUUUUCAUCUGAAAAAGGUUGAACAGCGGACUCUGCCUCCUUUUCCUGAUGAAGAUGAUAGUAACAAUAUCUUGGCACAAAUAAGGAAAGGGGUAAAAUUGAAGAAGGUACAGAAGGAGGUUUUAAGAGAAUCCUUCACACUUCUGCCUGACACAGACCCUCUAACACGGAGCAUCCAUGAAGCUCUUAGAAGAAUCAAAGAAGCAUCCCCUGAAUCAGAGGAUGAAGAGGAGGCCCUGCCUUGCACGGACUGGGAAAACUAACAAGUGUCUUAACAGAAAGAAGAAAUACCUACAAAACAGUUGAAGAUCAGUUCUUACUCUUUUGGAAAACAAAAUUUUAAGCAUUUAAUUCCACAAUUGGAUUUUAUUAGAUCCAAAGUGUACUGGCUCAAUAGUAUGAAAAAAAAGGAAGCACAAUUGGCAAGUUAACACUUUCCUAGUCAUUCCAAUAGAUGGUGGGUAAAAUGAGUUUUCGAUGUGCAAUGUUCGUGGACUGCAAUGAAGAAGAGACCUUCUGAAGAUUCCUUUUGUAAAAGCACCUUCUGCUCCUGUCCACCCAUUUACAUCUUUAUAGUGACUAGUUAGUUAGGGGUCGCUAUGAGUCAGAAGAACACUGGGUUGACAAACAUCUACUGUGAGCUGUAUUGUGACUGCUUUGAAAUCCAUCUUUCAGUGCACUGAAAAUCUGCUUAAAGUAACAGCUUCUUCCACCACAGUUAUAUAUAAAUAGUGUGACACUAUGAAAAAAGUUUAUCAUGAUAUCUGUAGGACAAAUUGAAAGAAAAUUGGAUGGAAUUGCACUGAAAAUGACCACAUUACUCAUCUCCAAAGGAAUUUUCACAAAGAUAUUAUAGCAACACCUGAAAAGAUAGCAUGACCAUGGAGAUACACCUAUUGAUGCGUUUACCACAACAUCAUGCAUUUAACAUGGCAUAUUUUUUUUAGAAGGCCACACUCUUACACUUUGUAUGGUUUCAAGGUAAAAAUGUUCAUGCUUUUAAAUAGACCUUCAUAAUUGUGAACUUAAAAUAGUUUGGAUUUCAGCUUUAUUUUAUGAGAAGCAAUACUCUAAUUUGAUUAUAUUUCAAAUUAUGUUUAAUCUUUUUGUUUGAAUUACUGCUUGAUUACUAUAAACAAGACUUUCCUAUUGAGAGUCAAAAGUUGGGAUUCAGUAAUAGGGAUGCAGACCAUAAAUCUCUUUUCAUGCACCAUUUAAGUUUAUAUUUUUAUGCUCCACACGGGAAGGGAUGGGGGCUAGUGUAGCUACAAGAAGAGAGUAGAUCGGCAGAAAAGUCUCCUUGACGGACAUUUCUUUGUCUUCACAUGCUUUGAGUAGAAUUCUGGAGAAAGCUUUUCUUAUUGUCACCGAAGUUUUAAUCAUAAGUAUGCAGCUCUAGGUACUGAUUUUGUUCAUUCAAAAUCCAGAGGGCUAUGCCUUUUUAUGAAUGGAGCCAUUAUGAAUUCUCAGCAGGACUGCCUUGGGCUUGAACAGAAGUGGAUAUAUUGGACUCAGUUUAUAGUACUUUGUAGAGUAUAAUUCUACAUAUGACAGGUCUUGGCAUUUAAACGAAUGGAAUAAAGGACUGAAGUACCAAAAAUUUCAUUUUUUCAUAAGGCAAUUAAUUUUCUGGCUUAGAGCUGGAAAGCAUUUCCAGGGUGAAAGCCCUAAAGCAUAUACAAGUUGGCAUUUUACCUACAGAAAAAAGAAACAUACCUUUGUCACUUUAAUAUGUUACUGCCUUUAACUUCAAAAGCCCAGGGGUGGCUUCCUGGGGGAGCACAUGCCUUGCAUGUGUGAGCCCUCCCUGGGUUCAAUCCCUAGGACUGUCUUUAAAUUUCAAUAAUAUGUAUGUAUAUUGAUGAGACUUGGAGUUUGGCACAACCUUUUCUCAGUAUGUAUAGUCUAGUGUUCCCCACAUCUUGCCUAGAAAGAUUAGGAGUAAUAAUAGGUUAAGUAUAUAAAUGUGAUAUCCAUUCCCCAAUGGAUGUGGUUUUUUCUUUACACCUUCAGUAAAAGCAUACUUGUAUCAGAAGGAAUUAUUGUUUUGAUAGUAUAUUUUAAACAUUUCUGAAGAAAAUUUGCAAACAUUAACAAAACCAUGUACCAAUUUUACGCCUUUGAUGUUUUGUUUUUAUCAUAUAUUGGUAUUUAGAAAACUUAGGAGAAUCUAGUAUUAAAUCAACAGCAAAAGCAGUUAUACCUUUUAUUUGUCAAAGGAAUUUGCUCUGCUUCCAUUGAAAGAUGGCUCCACUAAAAAAAAGGCCUAUGGUCUGUGUGAGCCAGCUUGUAAUGAAUCUCUAGCAAAUAGUGAAGCGUGGACAGUCCCGUAUGUGAGAGUAGCACUCUAAGAAAGUCAUCUCAUACAAGAGAGUAAGUAGGUUAAAGCAAAGCCCUUCUUGUCCUGGCUAAAAACCUUUUCAACACAUUCAUUUCCCUGCCUCAAGAUUCAAUUCUUGUUUUAACAGUCUUAGAAAAAACUUGGAGUUUUCACAAAUAAUGGUAAAUUUUCAAAUAAUUAUAGCCCUUGUCCAUCAAAAUUAGAUUAGCAAUUCAAACUUGUAAUAUUUAUUUUUAAAGCAGUUUCAAAACCAAAUUAUCUAAGCAUGGUUAAAUUUUCUUUUUUCCCCUGUCUCUAAUAAUGUAAGCAUCUUUGGCCUUAGUAUUCAUUUUGUAUAUAUUUAGUUAUGAUGGUACUUACAAAUGAUCAUAUUUCUAGUUCCAGACUUGCCUGUACUAUGUAUAUGGUUUUAAAUAUCUGGUGGUUAUGUUUCCACUAAUGUAUGAUUUCUGUCUUAAGAAUCCACAAACAGCUGCUUGUUUUAGAAGUUAAUUUACCAAACAAAUCUAGUCUCAACUGCAGUAUAUUUAAGAUAACAAAACAAAUAGAUGAUGAUGACCUGGGGAUAUUUAGAAGUUAAUAGUAUUCUCACUUGAAGGUAAAUUUUAAAUAUUUAUUCUAAUGCAACCAAAAUUAUGUAUAUAUAAACAAUGGGGCAUGUAUAGGAAAGGCAUUUCUAAUGACUUAACAUCCUAAUAGAACUUUAGUUUAGAAGUACAAGGAAAUGUCUGGCUGAAGAGGAUUUUUAAAAGAUGACCAGUUGUCUUGCUUACUUGAUGUAUAUUUUAUAGCUGCCUUGAUUUUGUGAGCAACUUAAAAACAAUCAUUCCUUAGUUUUCACUGUGGAACUGAAAUAUUUCUGUAAAAUGCAUAUUUAAAUGCUCAGCACAGUCACUGCAGGUAUACCAUUUCCACAGUGAAAUGUGGGGCUUUUCUCAUUACAUGAAAUAGAACAUUUUCAGCAUUUUCAUGCAUAUUUUUUAUUGCAGUGGGGGGAAAAAAUCCUUGAUUUUUAAAAAUUGCUAACUAUGUAGCAAUAUUUGUUAAUAUGUGGCAUGACCACUUUCUGUUAUAAAAUGUAUUAAAUUAUAAAGCACACUUUGGCCAUAUAGACACUAGAAAUCAAAACUCUUAAGCCAGUGAAAUAAGAAAUAAGGGGCAGCAUCCUCUCUUUGAAAUGGGACCAAUAUUAAAAUAAAAUUUUAUAUAUUCCCUAAAACUUGAUUUUUAAAUUGCAGCCAUUGAGUAGGUAGAUUUAAUUUUUUUCCCCCAUAUUUAGCUUUUUAAGUCAAUGCUUGUAGCCUAAGGCAAGAUUUUUCUUUGGCUAAAUAAAUACAAAGGUUUAUUUUUGUUGUGGGGGGGUGGUUUUUUUUGCUUUAGUUUUGGUUUUUUGGUUACUCCGUAACAGGUCUUAUGCACUUAGUAUCAGAUCCGAAUCUAUUAAGUACUAAUGGGUUCUUAAAGGCACUAUCAUAGAGUUGACGUUUUAUGUACUUUACCAAGAUAUUUGUAGUCUCUUUUGAACAACUAUAAAACAUUUAAAAAUUGUGGGAGUUGUGUUGUUAAAAUUCUACAGUGAAAACAGAAACACUAACAAGUUUUACAUGAUUCUUGCACUGAAUUUAAAUGAUAAUAUAAAAUUUAGUGUGCAUUUUAAAAGAUUUCCCAUUUAUUGCUUAGCAUAGAAGAAUUACUCAGAGGACUGGCCAGCAAGAUGUAUUCAGAUAAAAGAGAGGCAAGAAAGUAGAAGCACCUUACUGCUGGUGGGGGCGGGGUGGGGGUAUGUUGCAUUUAUUUAGUGACACUGAACAAUUCAGUAGUGAUUUCUGAACUUUUCUGCAAAGUGCUCUUUCGCUAAAGCACCUAAAGAAGAGUUUCUGCUUAAUUGCUUUGUAAAAUGAAGCAAUGAUGUUUUCAAUCCUAUAAAUAUAGUCUAAUUUAAUUAAAAGUUUUUCCUACAAAAUGAGUUUAUAUUGCUGCCUAAACUAUCAUGUAUGUAAAUGGAGGGUUUUUUGUUUUUGUUUUUUAUGUAAGAAAGAGUAGUCUGGAUUCACAGAGAGAGAGAGAGAGAGACAGAGAGAGAGAGAGAAUGUGUGUGUUGUUUGCUUAUGAGUUAUUUCAAAAUAUAUUCAUUUAAGAAUUUCUCCUUUGCCCACAGUAAACAUAUAGCUUGAUAUUUAAGAAUUUAAUUGAUUGAAUUCCAAAUUUUAAAUGUUUCACCCCACUCUAAAUACAUUUAUUAUGCCACUGUAAGGUGCAUGUACAGAAGAUACUUCCGUGGUUGACAUUAAAUAUUUUACCAAUGUUAUUUCACACUUAUCUCAAGCAGUCUUUCAUUUUGAGAGUCAGGGAAAAGCAGGGUUUUUCACUUUUGUUCUAAGUUGAGGUAUAGCUAAGAGUGGCUCAGUUAAGGGAUUUACAGAUGGAUAAGAUAGAGUUUGAAAGUGAUUUUUAAAUUAACAUAAAAGGUAUGGGUGCUGAUUGUAGAGUUCAGUUUUAACAAGGGAAGUUUUUUUUUAACUUCUUUUAACUUGCAUGUUCUGUUAGGGUUAACUAUUAAAGAGUAUAACAAAUUACUUUAGCUUUCCCCAAUACUAAAUUCUAUUGAUUUUUACGCCUCCAUAAUCAAAGAUGGCAUUUCCCCUUCAGUUGUAAACCAAGAGAGUGAACAGUACAACCCAUACAGUGACUUCUGAUGUUUCAGCUUGGACAGAAGCCCCAUUUUCUUAGUGAAUUUUCAUGGCAUGGAAUGGUUCUUGCCAAGUGUGAAACCAUAAUAUUUAGUAUAUGAAAUAUUGAAGGCUACAGAUUAUUUUGCAUGAAUAAAGCCUACUGGCACUCAUGAAACUGACAAGUUUUUUAGCCAUUCUGGAUAAAUGAGAAUUUUAAUGGCAAACUGAUACACCAUUUAUAGCUUUGUGCAAUAUUAUAAUGGUAGAAGCAAAACACUAGCACGUUGUGCUUGGCUUUUAAGGAUGGCUUUAAUACCAAUUAAAUGGACAGUGUGCACAAUGUAUUGUAAAUGCCAACUUUUGCAAAUUUACAAUACUUAAACCUGCUCAAUUAACAUUCUAAAGUAUUAAAAGUACAAAGGAAAAACUAAGCAAGCAUUUAUAGCAAUACUAUGAAAUCUCCAAUAAUUGUUUUAACUAUUGCCUUUUGCUCUUUAGUGCAAAUUUUCUGCAUUGUAAUUAUUGUAUUGCUUUGUAUUUCAUGUUUUUUACACUCAUGACUUCAAAGUUAAGUACUUGUACACCAAGUAUUGCAGUCACCUUUCUCUUGUACAUGCAAUGUAACAACAUACAGUUUUGGUGCUUAACAAUAUUCCUUUUUUCAUUAAUAAAAGAUAUUUAUUGAGUUAACCUGAUUUUGUUUGCUUAAAAUAGCUAGGCACUGGUGGUAGAUAAUUGUUAUUUCAAAUAGUAGAGCAUAGCAAGUUGUGGAUUUGUUAUAACUUGUUGCUCAGGAUUGAGAGACUAUCCACCUUGUACUUCUUCCUGACCACUGUUUGUAAUAAAAUAUAUUUUAAUUUGUGCUAGUAACAACCUUAUUCAUAUUAUCUUGAAACUACCUACCUUAUUUGGAAACUCUGACUUCAAAAGUUGGAAAAUGUUUAAGUGCCUUUCAUUUUUAUCAGUCACCUGGUGAUUAUCUAAAUUCGGGAGAUGAUUGGGUUUCCACUUAAACACAGGUCUGGCAUCACUAUAACCCAGCAGGUAGUCUUUUUGUUGCUUUUUUUUUGGGGGGGAGGGAGCCACACCCAGCGGUGCUCAGGCUUAUUCCUGGCUCAGGGUCCCUCCUGGGGAACCAUAUGGGGUGCUGGGGAUCAAAUGUGGGACAACUGCAUGCAAGGCAAGCACCCUACCCACUGUACUAUUACUCUGGCCCCCAGCAGGUAGUCUUAACCCAAGGCUGUUUUGACACAGCCCCGACACAAGAGCUACAUACCUCAGAGCAGGCACCCUUCAAGGGUGGUCCCACAUGCAGCUAAGCUUUAGGCAAGAGCCUCAGUUCCUGUGCACAUCAGUUUGUCCUAUGGUGUUUUAGUUUUUAUUUUUCAUUGUUCUAUUUCUGGUCUCUACAUCAUGGAUAACCCUAUCUGACUAUCUGGCCAUAAAACCUGUAAAAUGUGGUCUGGCCCUGGUAAGUGACAGAAUGGACAUUUUCCAUGGGCUGGACUUAAUUUGUGGCACUAAGAAACAUGUCAGUGCUACAAGACUUUUUGUGGGCCAACUUUGCACUCUUUUCUAUGUCUUCUCACCCGAUAAAGUCUCCAUUUCACAUGCUCAUCUCGUGUUUUCUACUUACACAUUUACCUAAAAUGCAUUUUUUUUUCUCAACUUAAGUACCUGAAUCCUAAUUACUGAAUUGCAUUUGGAAAGUCUUAUCAAACAUUGAGUAUUAAUAUGGGAAUAAGAAAGAUGUGGGAAAUAAUUGCAGAAUCAGAUUUAAUCUUCAUAGUGAUACAAAUAUUACUAAUCAUUUGAAGCACACAAAAAUGGUUUAAGAUAUUGUCCAAGGUGACACUGAAAUCACUGGUGGCAUAGAACUGUCUUAACUGUUUAUUCUAGGCUAAACUUUCCCGUGCUGAAAUGUGCCAGACAGACCUCUUUAACACACAUUUUCAAGAAGGAUAAAGCAUCAAAAGGCACCAAGAUACGACUUCAAAUAGUUAAGAAAAUCUCUACAGAGAUAAAAUACGAAAAGUUACAACAAGCCCUUUGAAGUGUUUUGGGCACUUAAACAGUUGUUCGAUUGUCUAUUGUUUCUUCAGUUAUAAACUUUAAUUGUGACAUAGGGCUAAUGUGUCAAUUUGGGGACCUGGCUCCUCACAAUAUAGUUUCUGCAAGGAAAGUCACAGAAACAUAAACAUGCCUCUGCAAUAUUUGCAAUAUUCACAGGAAUAUCACAGCCGCAGGUCUGAAGAUGCUUUGCCUCAUGUCUCUGUUCAUGUACUUUGAGAGCAAGAACAAUGCCUGUGUUUGCAGUGAACUGUAAAUGUCCAACUGUAUCCUCCAUGUCAUCUGAAGGCCUUUGAGACUGUAAUAAUACUAAAAGAUGCUUUGGGGGGCCAGAGCAACAGUAGAGUAGGGAGGGUGUUUGCCUUGCCCGCAGCUGACCUGGGUUCAAUCCCCGGCAUCCCAUAUGGUCCCCUGAGUAGUAAGUGCUGAGCAUCACCAAGUGUGACCCAAAAAGGAAAAAACAAAAACACGUUUUUACAGCAAAUUGCAAACCUAAAAUAGUUUUAAUAAAGGAAGAACUAGAGAUACAGUACAGGUAAGGUGCUCGCCUUGCAUCUAGGUCCACUCCCUGGAUGUGUUCCAUAUGGUUCCCCCAAGCCAUGUGAUCUCUGAGCACUGCUGGAUGUGGCCACAAAACAAAACCCCAAUAGUUUUAAAGAAAGACAAAAUGAUAAAGUCCAGUGGCCAGAUUGUGUCAAAAAGAAUCUGAUUACUACCAAGUCCCGCUAAAAAGGUGUUUAUUCCAAAAGCCUUUGACUGUCAUCCAUCAACAUAUUUUGUGUAAUCAAAAUGCAGGGGGAUAUUUACCAGUAAACUACCCCCAUAAUUAGGGGCUGAAGUGAUAGUAUAGGGUUAAGGUGCUUGUCUUGUAUGCAGCCAGCAGUUCAGUGGCACUGCAUGUGGUUCCUACAGCAUCACCAGGAGUGAUUCCUGAGCAUUGCUGGGUGUGGUCCCCAACCCCUUCCAUCCCUUCCCUGCUGCUGCUGCUGCUGCUGCUGCUGCUGUGCUUCAGCGCGCACACACACACACACACACACACACACACACGGUGUACCUCCUAGAUCAUCAACUGCCAAAUGGGGCCUAAAAAAUUUAAGGCUGGGAAAAAUAGUACAGCAGGUAGAACGCUUGCCUAGAAUGCAGUGGACCCAGGUUCAAUUCCCAGCAACCCAUGUCCCCAGCCACUCUUCCCCCGCCUCCUCACCACACACACACAAAUAUGCCCCCUAGAGCAUCAGCUGAAGGGGGCCAUGAAAGAGUUUCCAUACUGGAUAAGAUAGUUCGGGUGGGACCUGCACACAGCCUACCAUAUAGUCCCAAGCCUAGCCAGAAGUGAUUUCUGAGCAUAGAGCCAAGAGGAAGCACCACCAGUUGUGCCCCUCCCCACCAAAAAUAGAUUUAAAUGGCCAAUUUGGAUACAAAAAUAGUCUACUUCAAUAAGAAAAAAACAUGAGACCCAAAAUAAGAUGCCAUUACACCCUCAGGAAAGAUAAAGAUUUAAAAGACCAUUUUCAGCCUUGUGGAGAAUUUAGAAAAGAACUCUGACAUGCUUGCUAGUGAUAUAAAUGACUCAGUUCAAAAGAAUCCAAAUGUCCACCAGCCAAGGGAUGACAAGUCCUGAAAGGUUAUGAGACUCAGUGGAGUACUGCAGGGCAAGGGAAAUGAAAAGUGCAGCACCAUGGGGCCGUCUCGGGGAAAAAGUGAAGCAGCAACUUCAACACUAUGGUUAAUGAUGAUUCAGGUUAGGCAAAACAGUUGCAUUUUGGAUAGGUUUGAAGUGGUGAAAAAUGAUUGCAAUAAUGAAAAAUUAAUCAUGAUCACUUAUGGGGAAAGGAGGGCUCAGUGACCAGGAAGAAGCAUCUGUAGUUUCUGUGGAUUGUCAGACGACCUGGGUUAGGGCUGAGUGCAGCCUGGGGUUUUCAGUCUGUUCAUUCUUGUUCAUAUAUUUUUCUGAGUAAAUGUUACAUUUCACAAUAAAAAAAUAUUACAACCCUAA